GUCGUAGUUCAUAUCAAACUCAAUAUUCCACCAAAUGUAGAUCCACCAGAUCGAAUUGAUAAUAUGAUCGUCGAAUUACGAUCUGACGAAGUUUUAGGAUUUUCAAAUGGCGUAUAUGAACGAAAUUCACCAGAUCAGCUUAUCGUCAAUGUUGAUUCAGCAAAACAUCUCUCCGUUCAAAAAGGCAAUAUAUACCAAUGGGACAUUCCACUUCACAUCAAUCACAAUGUGGCACCGUAUGAGCGUAGCGUUUAUGGAAAAUUAUUUCACAAAGUUGUCGUCACCCUUACUUGGGCAGGAUGGAGUGCAUUUUGGAAAGGCGGAAGAACUUUAUGCUCAGAACAAAUGGUCUUUAUCGCCGUUGCACCUCGCGAUCAUCACGCUCUCAAUUAUGCAAGAACACUUAAUGGCCAUAUACGUGAUUUUGGUCCUGUUCUCUUUCAUGUUCGUACAAGACAGGUUUCUGUGGGUGGAUACCUUCGAGUGGCUCUGUCCCUGCCUAGAGCAGCCAAAGGUGCAAAGUUACACGCUUUACAUGCUACAAUGAUUCAACAUACCACCUUGCACAGCAGACAACAAUCUACACUUGUAGAAGCUUGCACACCGGAAAGAUUUGCAUUUUGGAAAUGUUCAGAGGAUGAAUUGAACGAAUCGAUUCAACGAACCGAAGCAGAAGAUCACACGAGCAUGGAAGGAUAUUGGAUCAUUCGUAUUCCACACGAUAGUCAAAUUCGACCUUCAACUGUUGCAGGAAGUUUGGCAGCUAUUAAGCAUUCUCACAGUUUAGAAUUGAAAUUAGUCUUUUAUCGUGAUGGCGAAUUGAUGGCUUAUACAACACGUUGGCCAAUCAAAAUUGUAGGAUGUUGUAUUUUACGACAAUCUGUCAAAUUACCGUCUUAUAGUGAAAGUGAUCCAUCACCUGUACCCGAAUGGUCAAGAGAUGCUUGGGAUUCGGAAAAGUAUCCAAACAUUCACACUUCUCAAACCGUUUGUGCUUGUGGUCAAGAUUUGGAUAAAUUGUUAGCAUGGGAACGUGAAGGUGAUGCAGAA